CUUAAGAUGAGCAUGAAAGUUAGCGUUUUUAUACCAUUUUUAUAUUCAUUGACAAUGUGUCUUUAUAUCAUUUCAGAAAAUAAAGAGAAUAGUCCUAAAAGCUGCAGAUAUGUUGACAUUAUUAACCACCUGAACUUGACCCAAGACAAGGAUAUGUACAUUAUGACAAGGCCUGUGAAAAAUUACAGUGAUGUUACACGCGUAUACCAUAUUAUGGGAGUUAAAGCCAUCUUAGAUGUGAGGAAAACUGACCAGAGCCUUGUUUCUUACAUUUGGGUUCAAUAUCAUUGGUGGAAUCAGUUCAUAUCUUGGAGCCCAGAUAAUUUCUGUGGACUUGAAAAUAUAACAUUUCCUGCUGCAAAUUUGUGGAUGCCAGAUCUAACUAUUGAAGAAAGGACAGACAAGGACAAAGAGACUAAAAGUCCUUAUCUCUUAAUUCACUGGUAUGGUGGGGUCGAAUACACAAAUGAGCAGGUGGUGACAACUGCCUGCAGGAUGCGUGUCUACAAAUUUCCCUUUGAUGUUCAAAGGUGCAACAUCUCCUUCAAGUCUGUCAUGCAUUCUGAUAAUGAAAUAGAAUUAAUUUACAACAAAAACAAUAAAUCGAUGACAACUUUGACACGCAGCAUGAUGUGGACCCAGUACGAGUGGACGUUCGAGAACUUGGCAGCCACAAACAAAUCCAGCAUUAUGUAUCCACAUCAAACUGUAAUUAUUUACACGAUCACGAUGAGAAGGAGGUCAGUCCUCUACAUUGCCAAUUUCAUUUCUCCAGUGCUCUUCUUCUUGGUUCUGGACUUGGCCUCUUUCCUGAUCCCAGAUGCUGGAGGCGAGAAACUCAGCUUCAAGGUCACUGUCCUGCUCGCUGUCACAGUGUUGCAGCUUAUUCUGAAUGACAUUCUGCCCAGCACUUCAAAAAAGGUUCCACUUAUAGCUAUCUACUGCAUUGGGACUUUUACCCUGAUGCUGCUCAGCCUCCUGGAGACUAUUGUGAUGAUGUAUCUGAUUGAGAAAGACUCUGCAGCCCAUCACAAUGAGACAGAUGAAGAGCAAAACCUGAGUGUAAAUUGUGGAGACAAAUGGUGCAAAGCCAACUUCUGUGUUAGAGGAAUAAAAUCCAGUGACUGUGCAUCUGUUUGUGAUGAAAGUGCCGAUGAAACACAAUCUGUGACUGAAAAGAGGAGCAGCGACAAGCUGACAGAGGUGUCCCUUGGUCUUGAACAAGUCUCAGAUGAACUGAGAGAGAUUGGGAAAACAAUAAGUCUGCUCAGCAGUAACAAGAAGGAAGAGAAGUUCGGAUACUGGGCCAGAAUGGUAAAAAAAAUCAACAGGGUUUACUUCAUUUUUUAUGUCACAGCAGUCACUGUAUUUUUGUCAGUUCUUAUUUCAUUGUGGACCAGCUGAAGUAAAAUAAAAUAUGAAUUCAUUAAAAGAGACAGAACUUAUGUAUUACUUAUUUUUUUCAUAAAUCUCAUUCAUUUCAAUCAGUCCGAAGAAAUCAAAUGUCCCAUUGAGUACAGGUUGGUAAGGUGUUCACUUCUUAUAUUUAGUGAUCUAUUUAGCAUCAUCAGAAAUACAGACCCACAGCUGAAGAAAAAAAUCAGAUAUUUAACAGUGAUUUCUGCUCCACUUUACUGUGGUGGUUUCAGAGCCCCAGCGUAACAAAAGCUGCAAGGAAAUGACAUUGUUAUUUGUCGCAUAUUGUGUAGCAUCAAAAUUGUGAAAUUCAGCAUCAAAGGUUUGGUUUCAACCAGUUAUGAGGUAAACUUGAGUAGUAGUCUUCAUGACUAUUUUCAGUGCUCCUUAUCGCAAUAGAAAAAUUCCAACAUCUAAAACAUUAUUAAAAUGUACAUUUAUAUUUAGGGUUGUGCAGUAUGACAAAUUAUAUCAGAUGAUGAUAUUAAACUGUCUAUUGUUUUAUAUUAUACUUAAUUCUUCAUUUUGUGCUGUGUAAAAACAGUAAUGUGAUCCUUUGCCCUCCAGCCGAACAUCUUCGAGUUUAACUUGGUCAAAAUGCCAGAUAGUUGCUGUGCUAUCAGAUGCACUAACUAGCAUUUAUUUAAAGCUGUCACAAGAACAUCAAGUUUAGCAACAACAUAUGAGACACCCAGCUAACCCUGCCUUACAGCCCCUAUCACACAAAUCCCUGCUUUUACCUAACACUGAAAAAAUACUUGAUCAACUUUAUGUUAUGGCACAACAUUAAUGUGAAAAUGAAUACUACCGGAACAUUUCUGGCUAUACAAUGUAAAUGUCCAGGUCAGCAAAAUGUAAGAUUUAUGUGUGGUAACUGUUUAAGCUAGCUAUGUAGCAUUUAUCUUUGCUUUAAAGUUAAGCUGCUUCUUUUUCUUUACUUCCCACAUGGCGAUAUUAUUUACCCAUUAUUUACAGAUGGAAAAUAUAUGUAGCCAGGGCUGGACUGAUAAUCUGUGAUAUCAGGCAUUGUCCCACAGGACCGGCACACUUUUUAUACGUAUAUAUCUGAAUUUACAGAAAAUGCACUAUAUUUAAUGUAUGCUUUUAUUCCAAUAUGAGACCAUAUCACACAGCUUUAUAUUUCUACUCCUUAGCCUUUAAAUGAUUUUCUUGUAAUUAUGGUGGACCUCAUGUCCAAUUUAAAUUACAUUUAUUCUUUGCUUUUUGCAGUCAAAAAUAAUGUUUCAAUAUAUAUUUAGGACAUAUAUACAUGUUUAAUGUUCAGUAAGCUUCACCACAAGCCUCUCAGAACCUACAGCCCCUUUAUGCACCUGCAUGCUUUUGUUUAAAUAAUUAUUGCACACUUUCUGUAAAUCCAAUCAACUUCAUUUCACUUCUGAAAUAUC